UUUGAACAGGCAAUUGUUAAGCCUCAAUGCAUAGAAAUCAUUCGAAAUGAACUUAAGGGAAACAUUCAGCAAAUCAUUGAUCAGAAUGACGAAAGAGACGUGAAAGAAGAACUUUGCUCUCAUCUUCAGCUGAAUGAGAUUAUGGAUCGUAAUUUGGAAGAUUUAUCUAGUGGAGAGAUUCAACGGCUUGCUAUAGCUCUUGCUGCAAUGCGGAAUGCAGAGAUUUAUAUGUUCGAUGAGCCCUCGAGUUAUCUUGAUGUGAAACAACGGUAUAAAGCUGCCCAAGUUAUCAGAUCAUUGCUUCGGCCUAAUAGCUAUAUUUUUGUUGUGGAGCAUGAUCUCAGCAUGUUGGAGUAUUUGUCGGACUCCAUCUGCUGCCUUUAUGGGAAGCCUGGUGGAUAUGGUGAUCUAACCCUUCCAUAUUCGGCCAGAGAAGGAAUUAAUAUUUUUCUUGCAGGAUUUUCUCCCAUAGAAAAUCGACGAAUUCGGGAUGAAUCUCUCAUAUUUGGGGUAUCUCUCGUGUUUGGGGUUGAAGAGGAAUUAUAUAAUGAUGCUACGUCAAGGUUGCCUGAUAAACCAUUUCAAUACCCAACCUUUACUGGAACUCGGGGAAAUUUCAAGCUUGAGGUUAUUGAGGGUGAACUUGAUGAUGAUCAUAUUGUUGUUGUGCUUGGUGAGAGUGGGAUAGGAAAGACAAUGUUGCUGCGGAUGCUGAUCGAAUGGCAGACUCGUUUUAACGCAUCUGGUUCACUAGAAGUAACAGACGGAGAUAUAACUUACUUUGGUGAUGUCUCUUACAAGCCACAGAGGAUCAUUCUAAAAUCUCAAUCUACUGUCAGGCAGUUGCUGCAUGAAGAAAUUCCUUUAAGAUAUUCACAUCAUCGGUUUGUAUCUGUUGUGUUGGAGCCUCUCCAAGUUGUGCAAUUAAUGGAUCAACAAGUUACGAAUCUCUCCGAUAAUGAGUUGCAAAGAGUUUCCUUGACGUUAUGCCUUGGACAGCCUGCCGACGUAUACAUGAUUGAUGAACUAAGUGCACAUCUCGACUCUGAGCAACGUAUUGCUGCCGCAAAAGUCAUAAAGAGCUUUAUGCGUAACAGUAUGUCAAAUGCUUUGGUGGUCGAGAGCGACCUUACAAUGGCAACAUACCUUGCAGACAGAGUGAUUGUGUGCGAAGGGCAGCCAUCUGUAGAAUGUUUUGCCAAUUCACAAGAAUCAUUAUUCGAUGGGUUGAACCGAUUCUUAUCUCAUCUGGACAUCACAUUUAGUCGGGACCCAACAAGUAAUCGCCCAAGUAUCAACAAGCUGGACUCAACCCGUGACAAGGCGCAAAAGGCUGCUGGGACUUACUAUGUUUUGGAUGAUUGAAGCAUCCUGGUUGCAUAUGUUUUGUUUACUUUAUUAGGAUUAAUCUUUUUAUUUUUUCUUUUUUUUCUUUUUAAGCCGACGAAGUCAUCAUUGGCAAUUAGGAUUAAUUAUUAUAUUAGGAGAUUAGGGACUUUGGAUGCAAGUUCAAUGGAUUGGUACUUGUCAUUUAAGUUUCUUUUAAAACCGGGGUGAAGAUCCAGACCCCCAAUAAUGUAGUAACUAGUUUUGUCCAUUUGGAUCUUGACUCAGUUUCUAUGAGCUAUUUUCUUUGUUCUUGAGGUUGUUACUAUGGUUUUAUCAAUUUUCAGUAGGCGAACUCUUUUAUUGCCAUUGUUGAUU